UGUCAACAUGUGUGAGUGUGUUACUGUGUUUACAGUUUAUAUAAUUCGAAUAAUACAUUAACCACAUUAUUUUAUUAAAAAUUCCUUGUUUUCUCUAGUACUGUGUUAAUAAAUAAAUAAACAAAAUUUGUGAUAAUAGUUAAAAACAAGAAUCAAAAUGGGCACAGUCCAUGCUAAGGCACAGCAAGACGUUACAACUGUGGGUGGCAUGUUCGAGAUGGAUGAACCAAUGGAACUUGAGGACAGCAUUUCUAAGCCAACACUUAAGUUAAAUGGAGUCAGGGCUCGAGUUGACCGAGUGCACGUGGACGGACUAAGCCGUACCAAAGAUGACAUUGUCCGGACUGCAGUCGAUGAAUUAUUCCACGCAACAGACUUCGAGGAUGUCAUAGUGAAGGCACAUAAGGUUCGUCGGACCCUGGAUUCAUUGGGAUGUUUUAAAGAUAUUGGCGUUUUUAUUGACGUGUCCAGUGGACCUGGGGCUACUCCUGAAGGAUUGGAGGUUACAUUUCAAGUCCGCGAAAUGUCGAGAAUCGUCGGCGGUAUUAACACGACGGUCAAUUCAGAGAAUGAGGGGAAUAUUGUGUUGGGCGUUCGAUUGCCGAACGUAGCGGGACGAGGCGAGCGUGUGUCAGCCGAAUACAGCGUGGGUCACCGAAGCACGUCUAACUUCAGCGUAUCGGCCACCAAGCCGCUCAUGAAGACCCCAUUGCAUCCAGUUGUCACAUCGUCGGUUUACCAACAGAACCAUGAGUACCCAUGGUCCGGGUACAAACUGCUGGAUCGUGGAGUUCUGCUGGACGUGGCCUUCAAGACCUCACCAGCAACUAAACAUAACUUGCAAUGGGAAGGCAUGGUGCGUGAUACGUCGGUGAUGAGCAAGAAUACCAGCUUCAAGAUCAGAGAAAACAGCGGUCCCAUUCUCAAGUCGAUAAUCCGCCACAUAGUGACGGUCGACCACCGGGACGACACGAUAUUCCCGAGCCAGGGCACGUGGGUCCAGUUUACGUCGGAACUGUCUGGGCUGGGGGGAGGAGUCGCGAACAUCAAGACGGAGCUGCAGGCUGAAGCCAACAAGGAGAUACUGCCUGGAGUCGUUCUGCAAGCAAGCGGUAGUGGCGGAGUGUUGCACGACGUGUUCGGUAGUGACGUGUCGUCGCGGCUGUACCUGGGCGGCGCCUCCACCGUUCGGGGCUUCACCCAGCGAGGCGUGGGGCCCCACGUUGACCGGCUGGCCACCGGCGGAACGAUAUACUGGGCGUCGGGCCUACAUUUGUACACCCCCCUCCCGUUCCACCCUGGCAAGGGGGGAUUAGGGGAGCUGUUCCGCUCGCAUCUCUUCGUGAACGCCGGCUGUCUUGCUCAUCCAGAAGAGAGCGGCGAAGCGGUUUUGGACGCGCUGUCAGCCGUGCGUGUGUCGGCAGGCGGCGGCAUCGCGCUGCGGCUCGGGCGUGUGGCGCGGGUUGAAGUGAACUACUGCGUGCCCGUGAGGACCAAGUCAGGGGACGAGGUAGCGCCCGGCCUGCAGUUCGGAGUCGGAGCGCACUUCUUGUAGUACAAGGUGAACGCAAGAAAAAUCCUGACAUAACACCAUAACAUCCACGCGAUACCUUCCUUAGCUCCACAACCACAUCAAAAAAAAAGACGUGUUGACUAAUCCACUUCAUAAAUGAAAAAAAAAUUGGAUCAACAUUCGUUUAUCCUUGUGUACAAAGUUGUCUGAAAAUUUGGAGGUUUUCUGUUGACUGGUAACAAUAAAUGUUACCCACUUAGUAAAAGAUUAAGGGAGUAAUAGUUAAAGAGAGAAUGUAAAUUAUUUGAGUAUUGUUUAAAUAGUCUGUUAUAAUAAAUAUUUUGUUGAAA